GCUGGCACUGGGAGGCUGCGGGCUGCUGCUGGGCUCGGCGCUGGCGGCAGGAGACGAGCGGCUCUACGCGGCGGCGGUGAUGCCCGCGCUCCGGGCGCUGCCCCCCGAGACCGCCCACGGCCUGGCUCUGCGCGCUGCUGCCCUCGGGCUGCUGCCCCCCGCCCGUCCCGACGGCCCCGCGCUGGAGGUGCGAGUCCUCGGGCAGCGAUUCCGCAACCCCCUGGGCCUGGCCGCUGGCUUUGACAAGCAGGGUGAGGCUGUGGACGGGCUGUACAAGAUGGGCUUUGGCUUUGUGGAAGUGGGGACCGUCACACCCAAGCCCCAGGAAGGGAACCCCAAGCCCAGGGUCUUCCGGCUGGCAGAGGACGAGGCGGUCAUCAACAGGUAUGGAUUCAACAGCCAUGGCCACGUUGCAGUGGAGCAUAGGCUGCGGGCCCGCCAGGAGACGCAGACCAGGCUCACUGGUGCGGGGAUGCCCCUUGGAAUCAACCUGGGCAAGAACAAGAGCUCCAUAGACGCUGCAGCUGACUAUGUGGCUGGGGUCCGGACACUGGGCCCUUUGGCUGACUACCUGGUUGUGAACGUGUCCAGCCCGAACACCCCAGGGCUGCGAGACCUGCAGGGCAAGACUGAGCUGCAGGACCUGCUGAGAAAGGUGCUGGCGGAGAGGGACCUGCUGCCCUGCGAGCACAAGCCAGCCGUGCUGGUGAAGAUCGCCCCUGAUCUCACUGCACAGGACAAGCGCGACAUUGCCAGCGUUAUCUGCGAGCUAGGUGUGGAUGGGCUGAUUGUCAGCAACACCACCGUGAGCCGCCCCAGCAGCCUCCGGAGCAGGCAGCGCAUGGAGCCCGGGGGCCUCAGCGGGAAGCCCCUGCGGGAGCUCUCCACACAGACCAUCAGGGAGAUGUACUGCCUCACCCAAGGCCGGGUGCCCAUCAUCGGGGUGGGUGGGGUGAGCAGCGGGCGGGAUGCCCUGGAGAAGAUCCGUGCCGGAGCCUCCCUUGUGCAGCUGUACACAGCCCUUGUGUACCACGGGCCACCGGUGGUGGGGGCAGUGAAGCGGGAACUGGAGGAGCUGCUGAGACCUGCAGAGCUGCUGAUCGCUGGCCUGGCCUGGAGCGUGCUGGGGACUGCAGCUGCCACCGACUGGAGCUGUGCAAAGCCUGCGGAGAUUGAACACGGCCACGUGGAGCACCUGGUGGUCAGGUACCGCUGCGACCCAUACUACCGGCUGCGCGGCUCCGAUGAUGGGACAUACAAAUGUGAUGGGAAUCAGGUGUGGGUGAGUCCUGGAGCUGGUAAGGAGGUGCCUGUCUGCGAGCCAGUGUGUGGGAAGCCGAAGAACCCCCCCAGGCAGAUGCAGCGCAUCAUUGGGGGUCUGUUGGCUCAGAAGGGCAGCUUCCCUUGGCAGGCCCGGAUGGUGACCCGCCACAACCUCACUGUGGGGGCCACACUUAUCAGUGAUCAGUGGCUGCUAACCACUGGCAGGAACGUGUACCUGAACCACAGCGAGAACACCAAUCCAGAGGAGAUUGCCCCUACGCUGCAGCUGUUCCUGGGCAGCCGGGAGCAGCCCGCCUUGGGCAUCGAGCGCAUCGUGCUGCACCCCGGCUACCCACAGGCUGUGGACCUGGCCCUGCUGAAGCUCAAACAGAAGGUGCUUGUUGGAGAGGAAGUGAUGCCCAUCUGCCUGCCCCAGAAAGACUACGUGCAGCCAGGGCGGGUGGGCUAUGUCUCAGGCUGGGGCCGUGGUGCCACCUUCGCCUUCUCUGACAUGCUGAAGUACGUGAUGCUCCCAGUGGCUGAGGAAAAGCAGUGCCAGGAGUACUACGGGGCACGGAAUGCAUCCUACUGGGUGCAGCCCAUCCUCAGCAACGAUACCUUCUGCGUGGGCAUGAGUGAGCUGCGGGAGGACACCUGCUAUGGGGAUGCUGGUGGGGCCUUUGCUGUGCAGGACCCUGAUGACGACACCUGGUACGCAGCUGGCAUCCUCAGCUAUGACAAGACCUGCACGGCCACCAAGUACAGUGUGUACGUGGACGUGCAGCGCGUCUUGGCCUGGGUGAAGGAGACAGUUACAGCCAGCUGAGGGGCCGUGGGGGAAUAAAACUGUCCUGUCUCGGGCUGCAGGCUGUGUCUCUGUGCA